GAUUGCUGACAGACACGUCAUCGCUACGGAUAGCGAUGCGAUGUUGAGUAGGCAGCUCUAGUCCUGAUCUGGUCGGGGGUUUCUUUUUGCACGUGAAUCGCAUCUGUGUAUUCUGUGAACCUAGCUACCAGAGAACAACGGCGAUUCAUGCCGUGGCAGCUAAUAAAAUACAGUCAUGUCUAUAAAGGCGCCUCUACAAGUAGGCAAUAUUCCAUGGAGGAAUAAUAAUUUUAGCCGUAUGGAUGAAGAGCCUUCUUUGUCGGAACAAGGAGAGACCAUCAUUGGAGCAUACCUGUUGAUUCUAGGUUGGCUCUCCUGGUUUGGAAACAGUGUGGUGAUAUUCAUCCUGUACAAGCAGAGGGCCUCUCUGCUGCCCACAGACUACCUGACCUUUAACCUCGCCGUGUCCGACGCCAGCAUCUCAGUGUUCGGCUACUCCCGCGGGAUCCUGGAGAUUUUCAACGUCUUCCGGGACGAUGGCUUUCUGAUCUCUGCAGUGUGGACCUGUCAGGUGGAUGGCUUCCUCACCCUACUCUUUGGUCUGGCCAGCAUUAACACCUUGACUGUCAUCAGUGUCACCAGAUAUAUCAAGGGUUGCCACCCUAACCGAGCAAACUGCGUCAGCAGAAGCACAGUUUCCGUGUGCCUGGUCUGCAUUUGGCUGGCGGCAGCGUUCUGGUCAGGGGCUCCACUGCUGGGCUGGGGGAGCUACGUAGACCGUGGCUAUGGAACCUGCGAGAUUGACUGGACCAAAUCCAGCUUCUCCACCUUCUACAAGUCCUACAUCGUCUCCAUCCUCGUAUCCUGCUUCUUCAUCCCGGUGCUGGUGAUGCUCUUCUCCUAUGUGUCCAUCAUCAGAAGGGUCAAGUCCAGCAACGCCAUGUCCGCGGACGGCUACCUGACCGACAGACAGAGGAAGAUCGAGAGGGACGUCACACGCGUGUCCCUGGUCAUCUGCGUGGCCUUCGUCCUGGCCUGGUCUCCCUACGCCGCGGUGUCCAUGUGGUCUGCCUGGGGCUUCCCGGUGCCCGCCUCCGCCAGCGUCUUCACCCGGCUGUUCGCCAAGUCCGCCAGCUUCUACAACCCACUCAUCUACUUCGGCAUGAGCUGCAAGUUCCGCCGGGACGUGAUCGCGCUGCUGCCCUGCUCCCCGCCGGACCGGGGCGGGGCCCGGCUCCGGAGCUCCCAGCCCCCGCAGCCCGAAGCCGAGCCGGCGUGCCCCCAGACGGGGGCGCUGUCUUCCCCCCGCUGCCAAGAGCAGAAGCUCCCUGCAGAGGGGCUCCUCCACCCCAUCCCCAGCCUGGACUCUGGGGUCAUCAGCCCGCCGAGCACCCCACCGCCCGCCAGCGAGGAGAUCUUCUGCAUCUCCAUCCACUCUCCCGCCAAAACUCCUGACUCCCAGUGACAGACUCUAAACUUUAUUUAUUUAUUUAUUUGCUUAUUUAUUUAUUUUGGACACUCCUGAUUUUUUUUUUCUAAGGCUCACAGAAUCUGAACUCAAAGAAGGAAAACUACUUCAGUUCAAAAAAAAAAAAAAAAAAGUCCACACAUUGGAAAAGUCUUAUUGUGGUUUGUUUAUUGUGUUAUUGCUCAUGACUUGGUUAUUGCGUGUCAUCUAACGUAAAUGUCAAGAGAAAUGUUUUAAAUAUAUACAGCGAUCGAACUCUGAAACCCAUUCAGGUGAAUACUCAUUGUUUUUUAAAGCCUUUUUGAUUCAGUGCAGGCCUGCAUGAUAGACAUGUAGAAAUUUCACAUGAAGUUCACAUAAA